AUGCUCGUCACUACAAUUCUUUCACUGUUAUAUCUGGCAUUACCAGCCAGAUCAGCAAUCGGCCAAGCCAUAAACUUCAAUAUCAGUACCGCUGAGCUCCAAUCAUAUGGAUGCAAUGCAUCCUGUCAAGCAAUCCUAUCCUAUGCUAAUGCUGCCGACCUCGAAACCAUUGGUACAGAAUUCAACUUUGAUUUCUACAACACACCAAACAAUUUCUCUUCCUCGGCUCCAGGCGAUCUUUUAAAACUGGAGCCUUACACUUCUGUAGACUUAGAUGGUACUAUCGUACCAUCCAGUGGAUUUAUAGCAUUCCCUUUUGCCUCACCAGCGAAUGGAAGCCAGUUUCCCCUGAUCGCCUACGCCCACAGUACAAUUGGUGUUCGUCGAGGACGCGCGUCCUCAUCUUCUCCAAGUCUUUUUGAUUAUAAUAGUUGGGUUCCAUUGAUGUAUAAUGGCUAUGCUGUUGUAGCAACCGAUUACGCCGGCCUUGGCCAUUCUCAAGGAGGUGGCGCCGUGUGGAAGCUAUCGGAACAUCCUCUUGUACAAAAGCAUUCCUCUGGAUAUCUUGGAACAGUUGCCAUAUCUCCUGCAUCUAAGCUUUAUGACAUGUCGGUCGAGAUCUUCGAACACAUAAUUCCUCGUCCUGAUUUUCAUCAAUUCGUCGUUACUGCCGAGCUUGGUCAACUUAUUUACGGCCUCAAAGCAACCUAUCCCAAUUACAUGACACCAUUGUUAGCCGAUGGGAUGAGAAAGCGGUUGGAGUUGGCCGAUAUUACGCAGUCAUGUACUUUAGCUUCUAUGGGCCUCUCACUAGACUUGCCACGAGACCAGUACACAGUCGCUGAUGUAACACCUGCGACUGAUGAAUUUCUCAAAAAAUUCCAGGAUACGAACGCCCCAGCACAACGUGAUUCAGCUUCGAAGCCAAUAUUGAUCAUCCAGGGCUGGAACGAUACUUCAGUUCUCCCUCAAACUACCUUAGAUUCAUUCCAGGCAACCGUGAAUGCAGGAAAUGUUGCAUAUUUAAAGAGAUAUCCGGGACUGGAUCACUCUGCGACAAUCACAUCUUCUACUCCUUUGUGGUUGAAUUAUCUAGCUGAGUUAUUUGCUCAUAAGAAACAACCUCGCAAGUCAUCGGAUACCAUGAUCACGCCAUUCAACUUAGCUGUGGCCAAAGCUCCAUUGGAGCUUCCUCUCAACGAGAAACCUCUGUUGAGUCUGCUGGGAUGA